CAGUUGUAAGAAAUCAAAAACGAAAGAAAAAAGUUGUGUUAUAUAUUCUCUGUUGUUUUUGCUCACUGCAGAACUUGAAUUUCAGAUUGGAAAAGGAAAAGAUUGUUUAUAUGCUGAAAUAAGAAUUUGAAUUGAAGUGGGCACUCAUAUUGGUGAAAGAAGAAUUGUUCAUUCAACUUGAGCUUACGCUGAAAGUGCUGCAAAUAAGAUUAUAAAAAGUGGAAAAUUAUUCAUAAGACUUGAGCAUGCACUGAAUAUACGGAAACCGAGAUGACGAGUAUCCUAGAGGACUGGGGGAAGAAAUUGUUAGAGAAAUUGAUAAAGAGAACAAUAGACGAAGCACGUUUUCUGUUUUGCUUCACAUGCAUUGCUAAGGAAUUCGAAGAAGAAAGGGCUAACUUGCAACCAGAAAGGGAAACUUUGGAGCAACAUGUCAAAGAAGCAAAAGGAAGAAAUAAAGAUAUUGCAGCUAAUGUUGUUUCGUGGGAAGAGGAUGUUAAGAAGCUCUUUCAAGAGGACACCAAAGCAAACCAAACUUGUUUUUUUGGAUUUUGUCCUGAUUGCAUAUGGCGGUAUAGAAGGGGAAAGAAAUUGACAAAAGAUAUCGAGAAGAUUAAAGGACUAAUAGAGAAGGCAGAUAAAUUUGGAAAUAUUGAAGUUUCUCGCCCUCCUCCAGGUGUUGAACACAAGUCAUCACAAGAUUACAUUUCUUUUGAAAGCAGGUUGUCUGAAUACAAAGAACUGUUGGAUGCACUGAAAGAUGACAACAACUAUAUAACCGGAUUGCAAGGGAUGGGUGGCACCGGAAAAACUACUUUGGCCAUAAAAGUGGGUAAAGAACUAAAGGAAUCUGGACAAUUCACUUGUGUCAUUGAUACAACAGUGUCGUUUACUCCUGAUAUAAAAAAGAUUCAAGAUGACAUUGCUGGACCUUUAGGAUUGAAAUGGGAGGAUUGUAAUGAAUCAGAACGGCCUAGAAAACUAUGGGACAGAUUAACAAAGGGUGAGAAAAUUCUUCUAAUAUUGGAUGACGUGUGGGAUCAAGACCCACUUCUUGAUUUUGGUGCAAUAGGGAUUCCAAAACGGGACAAUCACAAAGGCUGUAGAGUUCUUGUAACCACACGUAGUAAACAACUAUCCAACAGAAUGAAUUUUGAUAAGAGUAUUGAACUGAAUCCUUUAUCUGAAGAUGACGCGUGGAUCAUGUUCAAACGGUAUGCCAAUAUAAGUGAAAGUUCCUCAAAAGAUUUGGAGAAUAAAGGACGUGAAAUUGCAAAGGAAUGCAAACAAUUACCAGUUGCAAUUGCAGUUAUUGCCCCUAGUUUAAAAGGCCAACAAAAUCGGGUGGAAAAAUGGGAUGCAAUACUAACAUCCUUGAAGAAACAUGUACCCACAAAUGAUGUUGAAGCUGACGUUGUUGUAAUUUAUAAAUGUUUGAAGGUUAGCUAUGAUAAUAUGAAGGAUCGAAAGGCCAAGGAAUUGUUCCUCUUAUGUUCUUUAUUCCGAGAAGAUGAAGAAAUUUCUAUCGAAGUUCUAACCAGAAUUGCCAUAGGAGCUGGUCUUUUUGGAAAAGAUUAUGGCACCUACGAUGAUGCUCGAAUAAAUGUAGCUGUAUCCAAAUAUGACCUCGUUGAUUCUUGUUUGUUGUUGGAGGUUGACAAAAAACAUGUAAAAAUGCAUGAUUUAGUUCGUGAUAUGGCUCAACGGAUAGCGAGCAAAGAGAUUCGAGUAGUUAAUUUGUCCAAGAAAAAGUCGUUGGUUGAAUGGGACGUAAACAUUAGAUAUUUAUCCUUUGAAGGGAAUAAAAUUGAUUUGUUUUCUUGUAAGUUCGAUGGUUCUAAACUUAAGACUUUAAUUGUCAACAUAGAAAGAGAUGAAGACUGUGUAUGUCAUGGAUGUUGUGCAUGUCUGGAAGUGCCUGAUUCAUUCUUUGAAAAUAUUGUUGGGCUUCAAGUUUUACAUUUUUCAAGUAAUGUUCCACGACAGAUAUCAUUACCAAAGUCGUUUCAAUUAUUGGCAAAUAUUCGAUCUCUGUUCGUCAAUUGUGUCGAUUUAGGUGAUAUCUCUGUUCUGGGAAAUCUGCAAAGUCUUGAGGCUCUUGAAUUGGUUAAAUGCACAAUCCAUGAGUUGCCAAUUGAAAUUGGAAAACUGGAGAACUUGAAACUGUUGAGGUUGGAAACUUGUGAAAUUAGAAAGGAUAAUCCAUUUGAAGUUAUUAAAAAAUGCUCAUCACUUGAAGAGUUGUAUUUCAUAUACAGUUUUAAUGAUUUCUGUCGGGAAAUUACUCUACCUGCUAAGUUGCGAAGGUAUCAUAUUGCUGUAUGGAUAAGGGAGAAUGAAAUGGUUUUUACAAAACAUGUGGUUCUUGAUAAGAAAGUUUUUGGGUAUUUUACAAAAGGAACACUCGAGUAUUUUAUGGAAACAGCAGAGGCUAUUGAGCUAUUUGGAAUUAACAGUGGAUGGAGAAAUCUCAUGCCUGAGGUGGUUCCUAUAGAAAAUGGCAUGAAUGAUCUUGUUAAGCUUCACCUGUCAUGGGGUUCAGAACUACAGUGCCUCAUAGACACUAAACAUAUUGAUUCUCAAGUACCAAAUGUUGUCUUCUCCAAGUUGGUUGUACUAGAGCUCUUUAAAAUGGAUAAGUUGGAAGAAUUGUGCAACGGUUCCAUCUCCAUGGACUCUCUGAACUGUUUAAAGGAGGUAACUAUUGAGUCCUGUGAACAUUUGCAAAGCUUGUUUAAAUGCAGCCUAAAUCAUCUCUGCAAUCUAAAGAAUGUGACACUUACUUCAUGCUCAACAUUGAUUUCUGUUUUUGAUUUGACAUCAUCGCAAGGCCUUCCCCAGUUAGAGAGCUUGAACAUUAAUUUUUGUUCGAAAUUAGAAAACAUAUUUACAUACGAAAGGUUGCAAUUCAAUGAUAACAGCAAGAGUUGCAACUCAAUGUUUCCAAACCUGAAAGUUCUCAGUAUUUAUCAAUGCCCUCAAUUACAAUUUAUACUUCCAUAUCACUCUGCUGGAAACCUUUUGUCACUAGAAUCUAUCAUGAUACAAAGUUGUGAUAAGCUGACACAAUUGAUUAAACCCGCCUUGGAUGAUACGAUCGAGGAAAAAGUCAAAGGUGAUAAUGAUAACAACAAUAGUUGCAACUCAAUAAUGUUUCCAAACCUGAAAGGUGUACAGGUAAUUAGCUGUCCCCAAUUACAAUUUGUACUGCCACUUCAGUCUGCUCAAGACCUUUUGUUACUACAAUCUGUCACAAUAAUGGAAUGUGAUAAGCUGAAACACAUAUUUGGUCAACACCAAGAUGUCCAACUCGCUUUACUAGAAAAAUUGUACCUUGUUGAUUUGCCAAACUUCAUCAACAUAUUUCCAGAAUCUGAUCAUUCCAUGCCUUCAUCCAUUAAAAGGUCAUCUAAUUCUAUUUCCAAAACACAAACAAAGUUGGAGCCAGUAAAAUCAAAUAUAUUCUCUUGGAGCCAUAUCUGUUGUCAUAGAUACAAAUUCAGGGCCUCCACAAGUACUGAAAUCUCAUUGGAACGUCAACAUUGUCUUUCAAGACUAUCACAUAUCAUGUGCAAUAUUAAAGUGAUAUCACUGAGUAACCUCUCAAAGAUAAAGUCAGUAUUUGUCCUAUCUAUGACUUCAAGAAUGAUGUUGGAGAGCUUGACUAUUGAAAACUGUGAUGAAUUGAAGCACAUAGUAGUAGACAUUGGAGAUAGCAGUGGCAGUGACAAUAGUGUCUUCCCAAAAUUGAAAAGGCUCGAAGUUAAAAAUUGUGGGAAAUUAGAAUACAUAUUUGGGCACAUUGAUGAUAGUGAUGAUCAUCAAAACCACAAUCUUCAUCUUCCAGCUUUGGUGGAACUUGAACUCAUCAAUUGCAGCCAGCUUGUUCUUAAAUAUAUUGGUGAUUUGAUUGUCAAGGAAUCGAGCGGGAAUGUGGAGCAUUUUGUCGCUUUGGAAAAGUUGAAGGUAGAAAAUUCCAAUGUUGAAAGUAUAUGUUGUCUCAAUGAAGUAAGUGAGCGGGAGAUGAACUUGGGAUUGCAAAACAUUGAGUUAUAUACUCUACCUAUGUUGACAUGUCUUUUUAAGGGUCUAAAAAAAUCUUUUUACCUCAAAAACCUUACUAAGAUGAAAAUUAAGGGAUGUGAAAAAUUGGAAAUUGUUUUCUCUACUUCUAUAAUAAUGUGCCUACCACAGUUGCUUCACAUAAUAAUUAAUGACUGCAAAGAGUUGAAGCAUUUGAUUGAAGAUGAUUUGGAGAAUAGAAAGAUUGUACGCUUCCCAAAGCUCAAAACAGUUGUUGUAGAAAAGUGCAAAAUGUUGAAAUAUGUGUUUCCAAUCUCCAUAUGUAAAGAGCUUCCUGAGCUAAAGGUUCUGAUCAUAAGAGAAGCAGAUGAGCUAGAGGAAAUAUUUGUAUGCGAAGUUGAUGAGAAAGUCAAUAUUCCAAAUCUGAAAUUUGUAGCAUUUGUCAACCUACCAAGCCUCAGCCAGACCCAAGGAAUUCAUUUUCAAGCAGCACCAUAUCGUUUUAUACAAAGUUGUCGAGAACUCUCUCUGACUUCAGCAAUAACAAAAGAUGUCAGUAGUUACACUCUUUUUAACGAUUAUUGGGAGGAAGAUUUUGAUUUGUACGAGGAUAUCAAGAAUGUAGCUGCUGAAUUACUAGAAAAUCCAAGGAUUGAAGUUCAUGCAGCAUCAGGACACAUGUUCACUUCUUCACAGGAAUUGACGAACCAACAGCAUUUACAAGGAGAAAUUGAUGCCAGCAUCAAACCUUUUCAUGGAAAUAAUAAUUUGGAGGGUUCACCGUCAGAAAGACUUGUAGCAGAAUCUUUGUCCACCAUACAAGUCAUUGAUAGUAAACAAAAGGCAUUUCCUCUAUUUUGCCUGUAUUUUUUCUGAAACUUUUUCAAUGCAGGAAUUAAAUUAUACUACAAUCUUAAACAUCCUUUUAAUUUUAAGCAGGGUAUCAUUGAAGAAACUGCAUUAACUAAUACCAAGACAACUUCUAAGGAAAUAACAACUUCACAGGAUCAAAGAACUCAAGAGGGUUCUACGUCGGGAACAAAAAAUGAUCAAGAUAUUCAAUUACCUGCUCCUAAACAAAAGGCAUACCCCUUUUUAUUCCUUUGACUCUUUUUCAACAUAGGAAUUGAAUCAUGCUACCCAC